UGUGGUAUCAUAAUAAUCAGAGAGAAAUACACUAGAGUGAUUAACACUGUGUUAUUUUUACACUAUAAUGAAAUGGUUUUAUGUGUGUUUUGACAAAACAUGGGCACAACAUAACGGGUACCGAAUUUUAUAUUCUAAAGAGAUUAUGGGAUAGGGAAAUCAUAGCUGUUCAUCGUGGUUAUUACUUCGCAUCUUCCUGUAGUUUUAUUUGGUAUUUUUAUGUUUAAGUUUAUUGAAUAAGUAUCAUGGUGCAUAUAUCCAGUUACGUGUUCUUCGACAUAGAGACGACAGGUUUGCCGUGGCAAGAGAGGAACAGGACGAAAAUCACAGAACUAUGUUUCGUAGCAACAGCUAGAGAAGACUUACAGAAAUCUACGGGUUUCAUACCGCCUGUGAGCAAGUUGACGCUGGCUUUGAAUCCUAAGAGGAAAAUUAACCCAGAAGUAACAUCUAUGACAGGUUUAACUAACGAGUUCCUAACACAUUCACCCACUUUUUGUCAAAAAUCUCGAUCUAUAAUUCAGUUCUUGGAGGAUUUGCCAAGACCAGUUUGCUUGGUGGCCCAUAAUGGCAAUGUAUUUGAUUAUAAAAUAUUCUUAGCUGAAUGUGUGGAUGCCCAAAUCAGUCUGCCAAAUGAUAUUUACUGUGUUGACUCACUUGCUCUGUUUCGCAAAAUUUUAAAACCACCCGAGAUUAAAGUAGUGAAAAAUAAUACACAAGAAAUGUGGCCAGAACUUGAUGUUACACCUGAAGACUGGAAUGAAAUAGAUAAGUUAUGUUCCCCAAUAAAAAAAAUAUGCAAUAUUUCUCUUAAACAGGAAAUGGAGUCUAUAAUUAUUACAGAUGAUGAAGACUCAGAUUUUGAGGAGCAGUUUUUACAAGAGUGUGAGAAGAUUGAGGAAAAAAAGACUGAACUUAUAAAAAAACUAUUUGAUAAUUCAUCUAAAAAAACUAAUGUGAUAUCAUAUGGAAGUAAUUCAAAAGAAAAUACUAAUGGUGGAAAAAAGAAAGGAGAAUUCACAUUAUCAGGAUUGUAUGAAAGGCUCCUAAACAAACAGUUUGUUGAUGCUCAUAGAGCAGAAAAUGAUUGUAUUGCUCUACUCGAGUGUGUUAUAGCCACAAAAGAUGACUUUUUGCCAAUGGCUGAUGACUGUUGUAAAAAAUUAUCAGAAAUUAUACCUUUGCGGCGCUAUUAGAAUACAUUAUGAUAAGAAUUAUACUUAAUUUAUAAGUACAUAUUGUGUAUUGACAAUAAUAAUUUAUACCUAUAUUUAGUCAUAUUGAUCUAUUUUGAAAUAUAAAGCAUAUUUUUUGUAAAAAAA